ACGACCCCCUCUGCCGACGCAGCGCCGACGUAAGGUGUCUAGCGAACUUUCAAAAGCUGCUGCAGACGCACCGGCGCGGGGAUCUCCACGGUGGGGCACCCGGGAGCGGAAGGCUCCGGCCUCCGGGAAAUGCUGGGUGAGCCCAUCAGCCGGUGACCCGCAACUUUCCGGUGAGACCGCCCGGGAGAACGGCGCUUUGCCUCUUCCCGAGCUCAGCCUGCGUUGGCGCCCUGCUUUGCUGGAGAGCUGGGCAGAGAGCGGAUCGGAUCCCCCGCCCUCCCGGCGCCUCCGGGGCCGGCGAGAGAGCUCUUCACCGCCUCAUUUUCCAGGAGGUGGCCGCCCGCCGCCCCCCGCCUGAAGCCCGCGUUUUGGCCGAGAGCGGGUUCUUGGAUGCUGAAGGCUGGGCUCCUCCAGCGCGGGAGCCCAGGCGGCGAUGGGUGUCUUUCAAGUGUGGCUCGGGGUGGCCCUAGCACUGGCGGAAUUUGCAGUAUUGCCUCCUCGCUCUGCAGGUGCUUGCGUCUAUCAGGGUUCCUUGUUGGCGGAUGCCACAAUUUGGAAGCCCGAUUCGUGCCAGAAUUGCCGUUGCCAUGGUGAUAUUGUUAUCUGCAAACCUGCUGUUUGCAGAAACCCUCAGUGUGCCUUCGAGAAGGGAGAAGGGCUUCAAAUAGCCGCCAACCAGUGCUGCCCCGAGUGUGUGUCCACGACUCGUGGGUCUUGCCAUCACGAAGAGAAAAUCUAUGCGCAUGGGACAGAGUGGGCCUCCUCUGUGUGUAGUGUGUGCUCCUGCACUCACGGAGAAGUCCGAUGUAGUCCCCAACCAUGCCCACCGCUGUUGUGUGGACACCAGGAGCUGGAAUUCAUCCCUGAAGGAAGCUGCUGCCCCAUCUGUGUGGGCCCUGGGAAGUCCUGUUCCUACGAAGGCCGUGUGUUUCAGGAUGGGGAGGACUGGCCACUGAGUUCCUGUGCCAAAUGCAUGUGUAGAAAUGGGGUCACCCAGUGCUUCGCGGCUCAAUGUCAGCCUCUGUUUUGUAAUAAGGAUGAAACUGUGGUUCGAGUUCCUGGAAAAUGCUGCCCCCAGUGCUCUUCCGGAUCCUGCUCUGCUGCUGGCCAAGUAUACCAGCAUGGUGAAAAGUGGAGUGAAAACGCCUGCACCACCUGCCUAUGUGACCGGGGCGAGGUCCGGUGCCACACGCAAGCCUGCCCCCCUCUAAGAUGUGAAAAGGGUCAGAGAAGGGCUCAGCGCCAUGGGGAGUGCUGUGAGGAAUGUGUGUCUCCUGCCGGAAGCUGCUCCCACCACGGGAGUGUGCGGUACCAGGAUGAGAUGUGGCAGGGCUCGGCCUGUGAGUUCUGCAUGUGUGACCGCGGCCGAGUGACCUGCCACACCGGAGAGUGUGCCAGGGUGGAGUGUGCCCAGGGUGAAGAAUUAAUUCACUUAGAUGGAAAAUGCUGUCCUGAAUGCAUUUCAAGGAGUGGCUAUUGUGUUUAUGAAGAAAAUGCAGAAUUUAUGUCCUCAAAUGCGAGUGAAGUUAAACAUAUUCCAGAGGGAGAGAAGUGGGAGGAUGGCCCUUGCAAGCUGUGUGAGUGCCGGGGGGCUCAGGUAACUUGCUAUGAGCCCUCAUGUCCACCGUGUCCAGUGGCUACACUAGCCCAGGUGGUGAAGGGACAGUGCUGCCCAGAAUGCACGGCAGUUUACUGCCACCCAGACUGCUUGACCUGCUCUCAAUCUCCAGACCACUGUGUCCUCUGCCAGGACCCCACGAAGCUGCUGCGGAAUGGACGGUGUGUGCACAGCUGCGGCCCAGGAUUUUACCAAGCUGGGGCCCUCUGUUUAGCCUGCCAGCCUCAGUGCUCCACGUGUUCCAGUGGCCUGGAGUGCUCCUCCUGCCAGCCGCCCCUGCUGAUGCAGCACGGGCAGUGUGUGUCCACCUGCGGGGAUGGCUUCUACCAAGAUCGCCACUCCUGUGCAGCCUGCCACGAGUCCUGUGCAGCCUGCUGGGGUCCCACGGAGAAACACUGCCUGGCCUGCGGGGACCCGUUCCACGUGCUGAGAGAGGGCGCCUGUGAGAGCAGCUGUGGCCCUGGGUUUUACAACAAGCAGGGCACCUGCAGUGCUUGUGACCAAUCCUGUGAAAGUUGUGGCCCCAAUAGUCCCAGAUGCCUUACCUGUGCUGAGAAGGCAGUGUUGCAUGAUGGCAAGUGCAUUUCUGAAUGCCCUGGUGGAUAUUAUGCUGAUGCCACUGGCAGAUGCAAAGUAUGUCAUAACUCGUGUGCCAGCUGCUCUGGACCCAGGGCCUCUCACUGUACAGCCUGCACCCACUCUUGGGCUCUGCGCCAAGGCCACUGCCUGCCCAACUGUGGAGUGGGCUUCUACCCCGACCACGGGAUCUGCAAAGCCUGUCAUUCCUCUUGUCUGACUUGUGUGGGUCCAGAGCGCUCUCACUGUACCCAGUGCAAGAAGCCAGAGGCAGGACUGCAAGCCGAGCAGCUGUCUGGUGUGAACAUCAGCUCGGGCGAGUGUCUGUCUCACUGUAGAGCCCAGUUUUACUUGGAGAACACUGGGCUGUGUGAAGCUUGUCACCCAUCCUGUUUCAGGUGUGCAGGGCAGAGCCCGCACAACUGCACAGCCUGCUGGCCUUCCCAUGUGCUGAUGGAGGGGCAGUGCCUCUCCCAGUGCCCGGAUGGGUACUUUAACCAGGAAGGCAGCUGUACAGAAUGCCACCCCACCUGCAGGCAGUGCCAUGGUGCAUCCGAAUCUGACUGCAUUUCCUGUCACCCUCAUGUCACGAUUAAUGGUGGAAACUGCAGGACCAGCUGCAAGGAAGAGCAGUACCUCAACCUCAUGGGGUACUGUGCUGACUGCCAUCCUCUGUGCCAGCAAUGUGCAGCUGAUCUCCACAACCCCGGGAGCAUCUGCCUGAGGUGCCAGAACACCCAGUUCCUGCUGCUGGGGGACCACUGUGUUCCUGAUUGCCCUUCUGGAUAUUACGCGGAGAAAGGAGCUUGUAAAAAAUGUCACUCCUCCUGUAGAACCUGCCAGGGCAGAGGACCCUUCUCCUGCUCCUCAUGUGACACUGGCCUCGUUCUGUCCCACCUUGGCACCUGCAGCACCACCUGCUUCCCAGGGCACUAUCUUGAUGACAGCCAUUCUUGUCAAUCAUGCAACCCGCACUGUGGAAGCUGUGAUUCCCAGGCCAGCUGUACCUCCUGCCGAGAUCCAAACAAGGUCCUGCUCUUUGGGGAUUGUCAGAAUGAGAACUGUGCCCCACAGUACUAUCUUGACUUCUCCACCAAGACAUGCAAAGAAUGUGAUUGGAGUUGCAAUGCGUGCAGUGGGCCUCUGAGGACAGACUGCCUGCAGUGCAUGGAUGGCUACGUUCUCCAGGAUGGCACCUGCGUGGAGCAGUGCGCACCAUCAUUCUACCGGGACUCGGGACUCUGCAAGGGCUGUGACAGCCACUGUCUCCAGUGCCAAGGUCCCCAGGAGUGUACCCGCUGUGAGGAACCAUUUCUCCUCUUGGGAGCCCAGUGUGUCCAGGAAUGUGGGAAGGGAUACUUUGCAGAUCAUGCCAGUCGCAAAUGUGCAGCCUGCCCUCGGAGGUGCUUGCAGUGCAGCCACAGAAGCCAGUGUCACCGCUGUGACCAUGGGUUCUCUCUGAAAAGUGGCCUUUGCGUUUCCAACUGUGUUCCUGGCUUCUCUGCCCACUCAUCUAACGAAACAUGUGCUGGCAGAACACACACUCCUGGUCUUCAUGUGAAUGGUUCUCUCACCUUGGCCAUUGGUUUAAUGAAGCCACUGGAUUUUUCCCUCCUGAACGUCCAAGACCAGGAUGGCAGGGUCGAAGACCUCCUGUUCCAUGUUGUGAGCACACCCACCAACGGGCAGCUAGUGCUCUCGAGGAAUGGGAAAGAGGUGCAGCUCGACAAGGCUGGCCAUUUCAGCUGGAAAGAUGUGAAUGAGAAAAAAGUGCGCUUUGUGCACAGCAAAGAAAAGCCCAGGAAAGGUUACUUUUCCCUGAAAAUUAGUGACCAGCAGUUCUUCUCUGAGCCACAGCUGAUCAAUAUACAAGCAUUUUCAACACAGCCCCCCUAUGUACUGAGAAAUGAGGCUCUCCACGUUAGCAGAGGAGAGAGGGGAACCAUCACCACCCAGCUGCUUGACAUCCGAGAUGAUGACAAUCCACAGGAUGUGAUAGUUGAAGUGCUGGAUCCUCCACUUCAUGGCCAAUUGCUUCAAACACUUCAGUCCUCUGCAACCCCUGUCUAUCAGUUCCGGCUGGAUGAAGUCUCCAGGGGCCUUCUCUACUAUGCUCACGAUGGUUUGGAUAGCACAUCUGAUGUUGCAGUCUUGCAAGCCAAUGAUGGAUACUCUUUCCAAAAUAUACUGUUCCACGUGAAGAUUGUGCCCAAGAAUGACAAAGGUCUUCGGCUUGUGGCCAAUUCAAUGGUGUGGGUUCCGGAAGGGGGAAUGCUGCAGAUUACCAACAGGAUCUUACAGGCCGAAGCCCCAGGUGCCAGAGCCUCAGAAAUCAUCUACAAAAUUAUGCAGGACCAUCCCCAGUUUGGGGAGGUGGUCCUUCUGGUUAAUAUGCCUGCAGACAGCCCCGCUGAAGAAGGCCAGCCCCUGCCUGAUGGGAGGACAGCAACCCCCACCAGCACCUUCAGCCAGCAAGACAUCAACGAAGGCAUCGUGUGGUACAGGCACUCAGGAGUCCCAGCCCAGAGUGACUCCUUCCGCUUUCAGGUUUCCAGUGCCACCGAUGCCCACACCCACCUGGAGAGCCGCAUGUUCAACAUCGCGAUCUUACCACAGACGCCUGAAGCACCUCAGCUCUCUCUGGGAGCGUCUCUCCAUAUGACUGCUCGGGAAGAUGACCUGACUGUGAUUCAGCCCCAUUCUCUCUCUUUUGUCAACUCUGAGAAGCCAAGUGGAAAGAUUAUAUACAAUGUCACUUUACCUCUGCAUCCAAGUCAAGGUCUCCCAGAAUCGGUGAAAUUCCACUUCACAGUUUCGGAUGGAGAACACACGAGUCCAGAGAUGGCUCUCACCAUUCACUUACUUCACUCUGAUCGGCACCCCCCAGUGUUCCAGGUCACAGCUCCAAUACUCAAGGUCAGCCCAGGAGGCAGAACUUCCAUAGGGCUGCAGGUGGUAAUAAGAGACACUGAGACAGCGCCUGAAGAACUCCUCUUUGAGCUUCGGAAACCGCCCGAGCACGGCGUACUCCUUAAGGACACAGCUGAGUUCCUAGGGCCCAUGGCCCCAGGUGACACUUUCACAUAUGAGGAUAUUGAGAAAAAUGUGCUGCAGUAUCUCCACGACGGCUCCUCUGCGCGGGAGGACAGCCUGGAGAUCUUGGUCACAGACGGCCUCUCAGCGAUGACCGUGGACGUGAGAGUGGAGGUGUCCCUGUCAGGGGCCCCAGCGCCUCGGCUGGCUGCCGGUGCCUCUCUGAGCAUGACCGUUGCUAGUGAAAGCACAGCUGUAAUCACGAGAUCUCACCUUGCUUACAUCGAUGAUUCUUCCCCCGACUCCGAGAUCUGGAUUCAAUUAAGUUCUCUGCCCAUGUACGGGACUCUUUUAAGAACCUCAGGACUUGAAGUGGAAGAAAUCUCAGAGGUUGCCAAUUUCACGAUGGGAGAUAUCAACAACCAGAAAAUUAGGUACUCAGCCGUGUUUGAGACCGAGGGUCAGCUGGUCACGGAUAGCUUCCAUUUCUCUGUGUCUGAUAUGGACCACAACCGACUGGAAAAUCAGAUGUUCACCAUCAUGAUCACUCCUGUCAAGAAUCCACCUCCAGUCAUUGCCUUUGCUGACCUGAUCACGGUUGACGAGGGAGGGAGAACUCCACUCUCAUUUCACCAUUUCUUUGCUGCUGAAGAUCAGGACAACCUCCAGGGCGAUGCCGUCAUUAGACUAAGUGCUCUGCCCAAGUACGGCUGCAUUGAGAACACAGGAACAGGUGAUCGUUUUGGCCCUGGAACUACUAGUGACCCAGAGGCAUCCUUCCCAAUUCAAGAUAUUCUGGAAAACUACAUUUACUACUUUCAGAGUGUUCAUGAAAGCAUUGAGCCCACUCAUGAUAUCUUUAGUUUUUAUGUAAGUAAUGGAAAUAGUCAUUCGGAAAUCCACAGCAUCAAUAUCACCAUCGAGAGGAAGAAUGAUGAGCCUCCCAGGAUGACUUUGCAGCCCCUGCGCGUGCAGCUGAGCUCGGGAGUCGUGAUAAGCAAUUUUUCUUUGAGCUUGCAAGACCUGGACACCCCAGAUAAUGAGCUGAUUUUUGUAUUGACAAAAAAGCCUGACCACGGUCACCUACGCCAGAGGCAGACUGCUUCUGAGCUUCUGGAGAAUGGGAGGAUUUUAGACCAGGGCUCCUCCUUCACCUACCAGGACAUCCUGGGUGGGCUGGUGGGGUACACACCUGGUGGGCCCGGUGUGGAGGUGGAUGAGUUCUGGUUCUCUCUCUCUGAUGGACUCCACAUGGACACAGGGAGGAUGGAGAUAUACAUUGAGCUGCCUACGGGUGACGCCCCCCACUUGGCUGUUAACCGAGGCCUACAGCUCUCAGCAGGGUCUGCAGCACGCAUCACAGAACAGCACUUGAAAGUGACAGACACUGACUCAGAUGAAAGUCAGGUGAUGUUCAUUAUGAAGGAAGAUCCUGGUGCUGGGCGCCUGCAGACAGUGAAGCACGGCAACCUGGAGCAAAUCUCCGUCAAAGGCCCCAUCCGGAGUUUCACGCAGGCUGACAUCAGCCAAGGCCAGGUAGAAUACAGUCACAGAAGAGGAGAAUCUGGUGGGAACUUUGACUUUAAGUUUGAUGUGGUUGAUGGAGAAGGCAACAAAUUGAUCAGCCAGUCAUUUUCCAUCAUUGUUUUGGAAGACAAAUACCCACCGGUCAUCACCACCAAUAAAGGAAUGGUCUUAGAUGAAAACUCAGUGAAGAAAAUCACCACCCUGCAGCUCUCUGCCACUGACCAGGAGAGCGAGCCGGCAGCACUAACCUACAGAAUCACCAGACAGCCCCAGCUGGGCCACCUGGAGCAUGCAGGGUCACCAGGUAUCCUGAUCACUUCUUUUACUCAGGCUGACCUGGCUUCACGAAACGUUCAGUAUGUCCACUCUAGUGAAUCUGAGAACCAUUCAGAUGCCUUCAGCUUCACGCUCUCGGAUGGAGUCCAUGAGGUGACACAGACGUUCCACAUCACCAUUCGCCCUGUGGAUGACUCGCUGCCCGUUGUACAGAAUGUGGGGAUGCGGGUGCAGGAGGGUGUGAGGAAGACCAUCACGGAAUUUGAGCUCAAGGCCGUGGAUGCAGAUACAGAGGCUGAGUCUGUCACGUUCACCAUUGUGCAGCCCCCACGUCAUGGCAGCAUCGAGCGAACCACCAAUGGGCAGCAUUUCCAGUUCGUCUCCACCUUCACCAUGGAGGACAUCUACCAGAACCGAGUCAGCUACAGCCACGAUGGCAGCAACUCCCUCAAAGACUGGUUCACCUUCACUGUUGCUGAUGGGACGAACCCCUUCUUUAUUAUUGAGGAAGGAGGGAAAGAGAUUAUCACAGCAGCGCCUCAGCAGUUCCGAGUAGACAUCCUCCCAGUAGAUGACAGCACUCCGAGAAUUGUCACAAACCUGGGGCUCCAGUGGCUGGAGCGUAUGGAUGGCAAGGCAACCAACUUGAUCACCAGGAAAGAACUGCUGACCCUGGACCCGGACACGGAAGACCUGCAACUUGUCUAUGAGAUCGCUACGGGCCCCAGGCAUGGCCACGUGGAGAACAAGCUGCAGCCUGGCCGAGCUGCCGUGACCUUCACACAGGAGGAUGUGAACUUGGGGUUGAUUCGUUACGUAUUGCAUGAGGAGAAGAUCCAUGAGAUGAUGGAUAGUUUUCAGUUUCUGGUGAAAGACAGUAAACCCAACGUGGUCAGAGAUAAUGUCUUCCACAUCCAGUGGUCCCUCAUCAGCUUUAAACAUACUAGCUACAAUGUCAGUGAGAAGGCGGGGUCUGUCAGCGUCACAGUGCAGAGGACUGGGAACCUGAACCAAUACGCCAUAGUCCUGUGUCACACAGAACAAGGCACUGCCAGCUCCAGCUCCAGCUCCAGGGUCAGCUCCCAGCCUGGGCAGCAGGACUACGUGGAGUAUGCUGGUCAGGUGCAGUUUGAUGAGCGAGAGGACACCAAAUCCUGCACCAUUGUCAUCAACGAUGAUGACGUGUUUGAGAAGAUGGAGAGUUUCACCGUGGAGCUCAGCAUGCCAGCAUACGCCCUACUAGGGGAGUUCACCCAGGCGAAGGUCAUUAUCAAUGACACUGAGGACGAACCCACGUUAGAGUUUGAUAAGAAGACCUACCGGGUCAACGAGAGCGCUGGUUUUCUGUUUGCACCUAUUGAAAGAAAAGGGGAUGCAAGCAGCAUUGUGUCUGUGAUUUGCUACACCAUCCCUAACUCAGCUAUGGGAAGUAGCCUCUACGCUCUAGAAUCGGGCUCUGAUUUUAAAUCUAGAGGGAGGUCUGCUGACAGUCGUGUGAUAUUCGGGCCUGGUGUCACCAUGUCCACCUGUGACAUCAUGCUCAUUGAUGACAGCGAAUAUGAAGAGGAAGAAGUGUUUGAGAUUGCCCUGGCAGGUGCUUCUGACAAUGCCCGCAUCGGAAGGGUGUCAUCGGCCAAGGUGCUCAUCAGUGGUCCCAAUGAUGCCUCCACCGUGUCCCUGGGCAACACAGCUUUCACUGUCAGUGAGGAUGCAGGAGCAGUGAAGAUCCCAGUUAUCCACCAUGGGACUGACCUUUCAACCUUCACAUCUGUCUGGUGUGCUACGCGUCCCUCAGACCCAGCUUCUGCCACUCCAGGAGUUGACUAUGUUCCCAGCUCUAGAAAGGUGGAAUUUGGACCAGGUGUCACUGAGCAGUAUUGCACCUUGACGAUCUUAGAUGACACUCAGUAUCCAGCAAUUGAAGGGCUGGAGACAUUUGUGGUUUUCCUCAGCUCAGCACAAGGGGCCGAACUGACUAAACCUUUCCAAGCUGUCAUUGCCAUUAAUGACACAUUCCAGGAUGUGCCCAGCAUGCAGUUUGCCAAGGACUUGCUCCUAGUGAAGGAGAAGGAGGGUGUUCUGCACGUGCCUAUCAUUCGGAGUGGAGACCUGAGCUAUGAGUCGUCGGUGAGGUGCUAUACUCAGAGCCAUUCAGCUCAGGUCACAGAGGACUUUGAAGAGAGAAGAAAUACAGACUCUUCACGGAUUACGUUUCUGAAAGGGGAGAAAAUGAAGAACUGCACUGUCUCCAUCCAUGAUGACUCGAUGUUUGAGCCUGAGGAACAGUUCAGGGUCUUCCUCGGCCAUCCCCUUGGGAAUCACUGGAGUGGAGCCAGAGUUGGAAAGAAUAGCAUGGCCACCAUCACCAUAUCCAAUGAUGAAGAUGCCCCCACCAUUGAGUUUGAAGAAGCUGCGUACCAAGUCCGGGAACCCUCGGGGCCCGAUGCCACGGCCAUUCUGAACAUCAAGGUGAUCCGCAAAGGGGAUCAGAACAGGACGUCCAAGAUCCGCUGCAGCACGCGGGACGGGUCUGCCCAGUCUGGUGUGGAUUACUACCCAAAGAGCCGAGUCUUGAAGUUCAGUCCCGGUGUGGAUCAUAUCUUUUUUAAAGUUGAGAUCCUGUCCAAUGAAGACCGGGAAUGGCAUGAAUCAUUCUCCCUAGUCCUUGGCCCAGAUGACCCAGUGGAAGCAGUUCUUGGUGAAGUGACCACUGCCACAGUGACGAUCCUAGACCAGGAGGCAGCAGGGAGUCUCAUACUGCCAGCACCACCCAUCGUUGUCACACUUGCAGACUAUGACCAUGUGGAAGAGGUUACCAAAGAAGGAGUCAAGAAAUCUCCCUCCCCAGGUUACCCACUGGUCUGUGUCACCCCUUGUGACCCUCAUUUCCCCAAGUAUGCCAUCACGAGGGAGCGCUGCAGCGAGGCUGGCAUCAACCAGACGUCCGUGCAGUUCAGCUGGGAAGUGGCUGCCCCCACUGAUGGCAACGGGGCCCGGUCUCCCUUUGAGACCAUCACCGACAACACACCGUUCACCAGUGUCAACCACAUGGUCCUGGAUAGCAUUUACUUCAGCCGGAGGUUCCAUGUGCGUUGUGUGGCAAAGGCUGUAGACAAAGUGGGCCAUGUGGGGACCCCCUUAAGGAGCAACAUUGUUACCAUCGGGACAGACAGUGCUAUCUGCCACACCCCCGUCGUGGCUGGGACAGCCAGAGGCUUCCAGGCUCAGUCCUUCAUCGCGACCUUGAAGUACCUGGAUGUCAAACACAAGGAGCAUCCGAACAGAAUCCACAUUUCGGUGCAGAUCCCACACCAGGAUGGAAUGCUGCCCCUCAUCUCCACCAUGCCCUUGCACAACCUGCAUUUCCUGUUAUCCGAGUCCAUCUACAGACACCAGCACAUCUGCUCCAAUCUCGUCACCACCCGCGAUCUGAGAGGCAUGUCAGAGGCAGGGUUCCUAGACGACAAGGUCUACGACAGCACGGCCAUGGGGCCUGGCUAUGACCGCCCCUUCCAGUUUGACCCCAGUGUCCGGGAGCCCAAGACCAUCCAGCUCUACAAACACCUCAACCUGAAGAGCUGUGUCUGGACCUUUGAUGCCUAUUACGACAUGACCGAGUUAAUUGACGUCUGUGGGGGGUCCGUGACUGCCGACUUCCAGGUGAGAGACUCUGCGCAGUCGUUCCUGACCGUGCACGUGCCUCUCUAUGUGUCCUACAUCUACGUGACGGCGCCCCGGGGCUGGGCCUCCUUGGAGCACCACACCGAGAUGGAGUUUUCCUUCUUCUAUGACACUGUUCUCUGGAGAACAGGAAUCCAGACAGACAGUGUGCUCUCUGCAAGGCUUCAGAUAUUAAGAAUCUAUAUUCGAGAGGAUGGCCGACUCGUCAUUGAAUUCAAGACCCAUGCCAAAUUCAGAGGACAGUUUGUGAUGGAGCACCACACCCUGCCAGAUGUGAAGUCUUUCAUAAUGACUCCAGACCACCUGGGAGGAAUGGAAUUUGGCCUGCAGCUACUGUGGAGUGCUCAGACCUUUGAUUCUCCUUAUCAACUCUGGAGAGCCACAAGCUCUUAUAACAGAAAGGACUACUCAGGGGAGUACACCAUCUUCCUGAUCCCUUGUACCGUGCAGCCCACACAGCCGUGGGUCGACCCAGGAGAGAAGCCUUUGGCCUGCACUGCACAUGCCCCGGAAAGAUUCCUGAUACCCAUUGCAUUCCAGCAGACCAACCGCCCUGUGCCCGUUGUGUAUUCUCUCAAUACUGAAUUUCAGCUCUGCAAUAAUGAGAAGGUGUUUCUGAUGGAUCCCAACACAUCUGAUAUGUCACUGGCAGAAAUGGAUUACAAAGGAGCCUUCUCAAAAGGUCAAAUCCUUUAUGGCCGAGUACUUUGGAAUCCAGAACAAAACCUUAAUUCUGCUUACAAACUCCAGCUGGAGAAAGUCUAUCUUUGUACUGGCAAGGAUGGCUAUGUGCCUUUCUUUGAUCCCACUGGGACAAUCUACAAUGAAGGGCCACAGUAUGGGUGCAUUCAGCCAAACAAACACCUAAAACACAGAUUCUUGCUGCUGGACCGCAGCCAGCCAGAGGUAACCGAUAAGUACUUCCAUGACGUGCCCUUUGAGGCCCACUUUGCUUCCGAAUUGCCUGAUUUCCACGUGGUCAGUAGCAUGCCAGGUGUGGAUGGGUUUACUCUGAAAGUAGAUGCGCUCUAUAAGGUGGAAGCAGGACACCAGUGGUACCUCCAGGUCAUCUACAUCAUUGGCCCUGACACCCUCUCAGGGCCCCGGGUCCAGCGCUCUCUCACAGCCACUCUGAGGCGCCAACGAAGGGACCUGGUGGACUCCAGUGGCCGGCUGGCCCUUGCCGAUUCCCUCAUCUAUGACAAUGAAGGGGACCAAGUCAAGAAUGGCACCAAUAUGAAGUCCCUCAACCUGGACAUGCAAGAGCCCGUUGUAGCUGCCUCUCUGUCCCAAACGGGGGCGUCUAUUGGCAGUGCGCUCGCUGCUAUCAUGCUUCUGCUUCUGGUGUUCUUGGUGGCUUGUUUCAUCACCAGGAAGUGCCAGAAACAGAGGAAGAAACCGCCCACAGAGGACAUUUUGGAGGAAUACCCUCUGAAUACCAAGGUGGAGGUGCCCAAGAGGAGCCCCGACAGGGUGGAGAAGAACGUGAGCAGACAGUACUGCACCGUGCGGAACGUCAACAUACUGAGCGACGCCGAGGGGGCGUACGUGUUCAAAGGUGCUAAAGUGAAAAAAUUGAAUCUGGAGGUCAGAGUUCACAACAAUUUACAAGAUGGAACAGAAGUUUAAUGGAGGAGACCCAUGUGUAUUUUUUUUCUAAAAUCAUUUUUAUAAAACGGGAGAAAUACUGGUAUUUUUAUAAUCUUGCAGAUGAAAAGGGAAAACUAUAGCUUUGAGCAGGGGAAGGCACACAUCACUUGCAUCAACUCACAACUGAGCUACCUCAUUCAUCAAAGAACCACUAGAUCCCCCAGAGUACUGGAAUCGCUGUUCCCGUGGACCCCAGUUAGUAGUCUCAGUAGCUGCAGUUGCUCCCGGAAGGCCGAUCUUCGAAAGCAAGUGUGUUAGUGUUAGGACGGGAGGUAGACCCUUAGGUUAGCUGAUGCAUUUCCAAGGAAGGGGAAUGGACAGUGGCAGAUCUCAGAAAGUGGCCUUCAGGGCCUUUGGUUUCCUCCCCCACUUCCAGCUUUCUUCUCCUUGGGCUUUUCCUGGGCCUCUGGACAACAGAGUUCAAAUGGCUGGCACCCAGAUUCCAUUCAAAAUUCUGCUAAUCAGCACAAUGUUGUAUUUCUCAUUGCAUCCACUUGACAGCCUGCACUCACUCCAUGGCCUCUAAUUGCACUUUGCCAUUUCCAAAGUCCUUUUCACCUGGGGGUUCAAAGUGCUCCAGAUACUCACAGGAGAAACCUCGGGCAUGGCAGGAGGGGGAGCUGAAACCUACAGAAAGGAGGGGCCUGGCAAGCACCUCAGAGCUAUCAAGUUUCUGCACUGCACCCUCGUCCCAGGGAGAUGUCCUUGUGCCCAGCUGGUUGAUGCUGCAUCGAGGACAUGUUAGGACACCUUUCUGUCAAAGGAUGCUACAAAACAAGGUCACUGCCCAUGACCUUUUUCUGCAUCGCCAUGGAUGCUUUAGAAACCUACCACAUUUCCUGCUACCCCAGGCUUUGCCCAGGCAAUAAUAGACAAACCCAUGUGCUUUGCUAGCUGUGGGGUUUUUAUGGUGCUAGGGUUUCAGGAAAGUAAGUGAUGCAUUUGAAUAAAGCAAAUUAGGGUAAAGCCCAGGCCAGAGUGAAAUCAGUGAAUAGAUGCCUACUAAUAUAAGACAGCAGAUAAAGUACUAGUACUCACAGCAGAUAAAGGCACCAUUCCUGGUACCGUACGUAUUUCAGGGAUUUCUCUUUGUGGGGGUUCUUUUCUGGUAGCUCAGGCACUUAUUUUUUUUACCAUAUCAGCACAUGACAAGGCCACAAACACCUGGCUUUUAAACGAUUUCGUGUUCAAAUAGCAACUUAACGAUUUUGCACAUUGUGUACACGCCGCUUGCUGUUGUGUUUCUUUUUGGUUCCUGCCUUAUUGCAAAACCAUAAGCAUGCAUGUCUUAAACUGGAGACACCAUUUCAUUAUUCUCUUCCUGAUGCCUGGCAUGCCAUAGUCACUGAGCAAAUGACAGCGCCCCUGCACUGCAUAAUAUUUGUACUAGAAUGACCCAAGCUCUUUGGAACAUUCCAAACUGGGAACACUUUGGUACUAAAAGCUAGAAAGAAUGAACUCUGAAAGGUUUUUGGCAUCUCUACCAUACUCCAAGCUCCUUGAGAGUAGGGCCUGCGUGAGCCGUGACUUUGAUUAUUCAGCAGUGCCUUGCAUAUAACAAGCACUCCAGAAAUAUUUGUUGAGUGAACAGGUGACUGGUGUCACAGGUGAGUUAUAGAGGAAUAAAUUUAGAAACGGGAAGUAAGAGGGUAUGGUGGCAAUAUCACAAGGGAAAGUAGAGAGAAAAGCAAAAACUGGCUUCUACUUGGAUUAUGAAAUAAUCUCAUUGGAACAAAGAAGCACCAGUUAGCGUAGACAUGAAUCUGGCCAUGCUCUUAAGGAGGACUGAACAGGCAAGUCAUAAUAGUGCAUUAGCAGGAGGUGAGACUGUGACUUGGUCUCCAGAGCAGAACAUUAGAGGAAUGUCUGACUUAGCAUGCUGAGAUGAGUGUAAAAUUUUCAUGAUAGUAUGAAUUGAGGGAGCCCAGAGCUGGAAACGCCUGACUGGUCUGGUGCCACUUGCGAUACCAAGCAAUUUGGGGCAGAAUUUAUGUACCUGCCUCACAAACCUCCAGAAUUGGUGUCUCAUGGCUCCCUGCUCACCAGAGGGGCAGACUCUUCUAACAACCUAGAGGGCUCAUGCUAAUUCUACAAGGACAGGAAGACAGUCAUUUGAGGAGCAACUUUGAUUUGGUCCUUUAUUUAUCGUUCCUCAUGCCAGAUGCUUACACAUUAAAGCAACAUCUUUCCAUUUGCUCAAAUAUUCGUCUUGCACACCCUCUCCAUUACUACCAAAGGGGACAUGUGCAUGGGAAGAGUGCAGACAGGUGGCAGGGUGAAGCUAGUUGGGAAGCAAUGGAGACAGAUCUCUGUGUGCUCCUAGCAGUCUCCAUGGAGGAGGUCUUGCGUGGCCAGGGCAGCGUCCUGUGAAGACCUUGAGGUAGUGAAUCGUCUGUGUGAAAGGAAGCCCUUGGAAUAGUCCUGCCCUCCUUCCUCUCAGCCCUUCCCCCCACUACAUACAUGUUCCUGAAUGCGGUGCUUCUCUAGUGGAUGACACAUUACAUGGAAAGUGUUAAGAGAUGUGAACUUGAGAUUGACUCUUUUGAUACAGAAUUUUGUAUUUCAUUUGUUUUAUACUUCAUUUAGGGAUCAGACCAUUUGGUGGCUGAUGUGGGAUUAUACUUCAAAACUCUUGCUUUCUGUUCCUGACUUGCUCACUAAAGCCCUGUGUGUGUGUUACUAACCUCUUACAGCAUGCCUUUAGGUAAGAGGGAACAAAGCCCCCAGGGGGUUGCUAUUUGCUACCGCACACUGGCUGGCUGUGAAGGUUAAAAGAAAGAAGAGUCUGUAGCUGUUUUCCGCCUGCAUUGUCCCCGGGCCUCCUGAAGGACUCCUGCAGUCUCAUUGGUGGGUGGGGAAUCAUGGUGGAAUACGUUUGCACAGCCUUCUGACAUUCAGGCUCAGUGUCCUGUAGGAAUUCUUGUGAUUCUUGGAUACUGCGCACCUGCUCAGACUGAGUAAAAUAUUUGUGGUGCUGUCAACCCGAUUUCUUGACUCUCAAAUGAUUUUUGUAUUUCCAAUACCAAUUUGUGUGUGAUGAAUUUCUGAUCUCUUCAAUAGCAUAUGCCACUAUAUAAAUUUGUAUUAAUAAAUGACAGUCUGGUUGCA